UCUCCACCUGUGACGGAGAGCCACUGUGCGAUCAGACUGGUGUGAGACAUGAUGGAGGCAGGAGCACUGGUUCUGCUGCUGUUGGCUUUGCUGGGCUCUGCGUCCACUCUCAGCUUCUAUGGAGACAGUUUGAGCUUCAUGUCUCCAAAGAAGAACAAGGACGGCACUUUUACGGUGAACUUCACCCACAGACAGAACGGCCGGAGCAGCUGCCAGGACCAGUCGUCCUUCUCUUGUGACGGAGACGUCUGCACCAGCUUCAGUAAGUCAGGUGUCCUGCAGACGGACCAGGAUGCAACGGGCCUGGGCCGCUGGUGCCAGACUGAAGGACACACGACGGCGACCAUCUCCACCAAUGAAACCUCCUUCACCAUGAGGGGCUCCGGCUGCUGCUGGGAGUCCAACGUCAACGGACAAACGAAGUGGACGAGUGUGGCAGAGUUGGACCUGGGAACUCGCUCCGACUCACGUGCCAUCAACAGCUGUCCUGUGACCACGACAGUGUCCCUGAUAAGGGUUCCUCAGAACUGUUUUUCAAGGAUUCCUCUUCUGGCUCAUGAUCCAGACGGAGACGACGUGAGAUGCAGCUUCAGCUCAGGGUUCACGGUUCCCUCCAACUUUACUCUGGACAAGGACGCGUGCAUGCUGACACAAGCGGGUGGCGUCUCCGCUGGCGUCCACGUGUUUGAGUUGAUGCUGGAGGACUUUCCUUCUAAGAACAUCACUGUGUCGUACGCAGACGGCUCGUCAGAGUUCCACAGCGUCUCCGGCGUGAAGUCCUCACCUCUCUGCACAGUCAAGCUGCAGUUCACAGUGGAGGUCCUUGCUCCAGUGCCAAGGUGUGACGUUGGUCAUGUGCAGCCCGUGUUCUUGUCUAAGACUCCGUCACAUGGGGACGUUCUUCACGCCACCGUGGGUCAGCCGUUCACGCUCUACGCCCAAGCACAGGCUUCCCACAGCAGCAUCCAUGACUUCCAGGUCAGCGGCCCUCAGAACAUGAGCAAAACCUUCAAGGAUGACACACUGGGAAAAGCCGAGGUCAGCGUGCAGUGGACGCCACAGAGCGGCGAUCUGUACAGAUUUGUCCCGUUCUGCUUCACCGCAGAGACCAAUGAAACCCAGUCGGAGAUGAGGUGUGUUGUUGUCAUGGUGACCCAAUCAUCUAUCACUCAAGGCAAGGCCAACGUUGAGUGCUCACCCAACAAGAUGACGGUGACCCUGUACGCUGCCUCCAUGCCUGGCAUCGACGAGAAGUUCCUGCAGCUGAGCGACCCUUCGUGCUCCCUCACCUCCAACGGAUCACAGAUCACUGGCACCAUGUCGUUCUCCGCCUGUGGCACAAAAGUUGAGGAUUCAGGGGACUACAUCACCUUCAAGAAUGAGAUCAACUCCUUCGAGCUGCCCAACGAGAUCAUAACCCGCAGGAAGAAGGUUAAGAUUGGCUUCUCCUGCCAGUUUCCCAAAACCAUCAGCAUCUCCAGUUACUUUAACCUCGACAAGUCCGAUUACAUUUUCACAGAGUCCAGCUUCGGCAGCUUUGGCUACACCUUUGAAAUAUUCCCCGAUAGCAACUUCACAAAUAAGGUGGAGGCCAAGGCCUAUCCAGUGGAGGUCAAGCUGUUGGACAUGAUCUACAUGGGCAUUCAAGCUCAGACGGAACUUCCAGAUGUGAAAAUAUUUGUUGAAUCCUGCAAAGCCACUCCUGAUGACAACCCUGAGAACCCCCUCUUCUAUGACCUCAUCAAGAACGGGUGUCUGAAAGAUGAGACAAUUAAAGUCUUCUCCUCUACUGGGCCUACGUUCAAAUUUGGUGUUCAGGCCUUCAAAUUUACAGGAAACUAUGACCAGGUGUACAUCACCUGCUCCGUCAUCAUGUGUGAGGGAGACAGUCCAUUUUCCAGAUGUGCCCAGGGCUGUCUGUCCAGUGCAACCCGCAGACGCAGGCGAGAUGUGAGCAAGGAGACUGCUGGCCACGACAUUACCCAGGGUCCUUGGCAGUUUAUCGGAAUGACUGCUCCCAAAGAGGCAAUGGCAGAUAACACUGUGAUCAUAAAGAGUGGCAAGCCCCCUGCAGUGACUCCUCCACCUGUUUCUUCAGACACCAAAUCAAGCGUAGACGACUGGCAAAUCCAGAAGAUCCUUAACACCAACGGCAGCAGCAUCUUCUUCGGCUGUGCCUUCUUGUUAUCCGUGGUGUUGAUGGCUGUGGCUGUUAACUACUUCAGGCGGAGGAGAAAGGAAGACGACCGCCACGCUCUCAUAAUUUCAGGCAUUGAUAACUAAAAGUAAAAGAUUAAAUGCAUCCAGUGGUGAAGUUGCAGGAAGUCUUAUAUUACAGGGCACAAGCCAUGAAGCAUAACUUCAAGAAAAGCUGAGGAACAUAAGAAUCGGUGACUUCUUUCUCAGCAUUGAUUUUAUUUGUAGCUGCACAAAUCUUUUAGACUUGUCCAACUGGUUUUCUGUUGUAUCUGGUGUUGGAAUUGUUUUAAGAAUUACUGGUGCGUGAAACGAGUGAGGCGAGGCCCAAUAGUCAGUAAGGUAUGACCGUAUGAAACACAGGUGUAUUCAAACAAUGAGGAUGCUGAAAUACUUAAUACUCUACAGGCCUGGUUACUCUUUGUAAUUACAUGGUUUACCUGUGUGAACAAAACAUCAACAGAUUCAGACCUAAUCUGCCUAUUAAAGAACUGGUCAAACUAUCUGGGCAUGAUUCUACAAAUCCAGUUUCAUUUAAUGUGAUAAAUGGUUUUUCCACUGAAAGUUAAAAUACCUUCACACCUGAUAAAAAUGCGCAAGAUUUUGAGCAUGAUGAAAUAAAAUAGUGUCACAUCAGCAAAACUUUACCAACAGCUAAAUAUAUCACUGCUGUAAUGGUGAAAUCAUAUAUUUCUGCAAUUUAAAUGGGAUUUUUUUUACGAUAAAUGUAUGAUGAAGACAUUCGCUGAUUGAAGCCUUAAUCACAUUAUAAUAAACCUAAUUCUGUGUGAGUUUA